AUGGCAAUUCAGAAAGCGCUCCUUUUCACGCCUUUUUACUAUUUCUCUAAAUUACAACUGAUGCAGCAAGUGGUGCGUAGCGGAGUCGCAUCAUUCAUGCGAGUUCAGUCUAAUACUCAUGCUAGCCCAGGUAAAGAUUUCAUUUCGUAUUGCAAUACACCAACUUUUCGAUCUACACGAUCAGUCGGCCGAGGAAAUCCUAAAAGGCAUCGAUGUGAUGUGUGUUAUAAAACGUUCAGCAGAAGUAACACCCUGAUUACGCACAAGCGGAUUCACACGGGAGAGAAACCAUUCAAGUGUGACCACUGCGGCCGUGCAUUCCGUCAACCUGGCAAUCUUACUCGGCAUCGGCUCACACAUACUACG